UAGGGAUUAAAAAUGAUUUUUAACCCCAACCCAAAAAAAAAAAAAAAAACUGUACAUAAAAUCCAGGUAUGUUUUAGAAACAAAAUUGAAAAAUCAAAUUAAAAAAAAUGAAAAAAAAAUAGAAAUGGUUAGAAAUACAAUUAGGAUAGUGAUCCUCAUCCAUUAAGAAACCCCAACAAUUAGAGAUGAGAAGAAAUAAAAAAGAACCCUAAAAUUAGAGAGUGGCUAAGCAACAAUUCCGUACAACCGAACCAAAAUGCCCAAUUUUUAAAGCCCUAAAAUUUCCAUUCCCUCACUCAAAUCCACCAAAAAAGAAAUUUCCCCCAAAAUCCCUCUCUCCGUCUUCCUCCUCUGUAAUCUGCAACAACAAAUCAAUCAUGAGUCUGAAUUGCCUCUCAUGUCAAAUCUUACAGAGAACGGAUUCCGAGAGACACCGCGACCAGCAGAUCCAAACUUACUAUGCUUCCGACGAGUUCGAUUCCUCGGAGCGAAGCUGGUCCGGCAACCUCUCUUUCCGCCCUCACGAUCGCCAUAACAGAGGAGGGUUUCGGGGCCUGCCGGAGAAUAAGGUCGCUCCGAUCAGUCACCGCCGUGCUGUGUCGUUCGGCGGGAAGGAGCCCAGGUUGGUUAGAAGCUCAGGGAUGAGAAGGGAUUGGAGCUUUGAGGAUCUUAGAACUAUUCGAGAAGAAAGGGAACCAUCUGCCAUACAUUUCCUGACAACAUUAACCUUUUUUUUUCUUUUUUUCUUUUUUUUUAAAAAAACUUGUUUAUAUAUAUAUAUAUAUAUAUAUAUUUUUAAUUUUCGUAUGGAAUUAUUUAUAUAUAAUAUAUAUAUAUAAGCUAGUAGAAAUGGGGAGAUUCCUUUCAAAACUUUGAAAAUAUGUUUUUUUUUUUUUUUUAAAUUUGAAUUUUAUCACAUGUUUAUUUUUUAAAUUUGGAUUUGUAUUGUUAUUUAAC